GGGCGGAGAUUCGCGGGCUCUGCUGUCUGCGCGCGCUCUCUCUAUCUCUUGCUCUCUCUGCACACCUGGUGCCCACAGACUCGGCCGGCAAGACACCAUCAAAAUAUUCCCUUCUAGACUGGUCUGCACUGUUUAUUCAGGCAGUUUUCUCGAGUUGACGGAGAUGGAUGAAACUGAAACUGUCAGCAACAAUAAAAAAACAAGUCAAGCUACCAAGAAUGGGCAAGAGAAGGGCAAAGCAUCAGAUGAAUUAAAGAGAAAGAAAGCUGUUAGGAGGAAUUCACAAGGAGCCAAAGAAAACCUACACAAAUGUGUUCAAAAGACUAAUUUACCUAAAAGAAAGCGGGAGCCUCUUCAAUCUACCAGGAAUAUUUCUGACCAUUACCCUAAAAAGAAGCAUGCAGUGACAAAACAGGAGGAAUUUUAUUCCAUGUCACAUAGCCCUCUUGGGUAUUGUUUGAUCAUCAACAACUAUAACUUUGGGAGUACGUCACUUGGAAACCGGAAAGGGACAGAGAAAGAUAAAGAUGAUCUCACCAGAGUGUUUAAGAAAAUGCCCUUCAAAGUUGAAGUGCGGGACGAUUUGCAAGCAAAGGAUAUUCGAAAUGUGAUAAAGGAGUUUGCAGAGAGGGAUCACUCUCAAAUGGAUGCUUUUGUCUGCUGCGUCCUCUCCCAUGGAGAGAAAGGCUCUGUUCUGGGAAUAGAUGGAAAUCAAGUUCCGAUCUGUGAACUCACACAGUCUUUUGCCGAAUGCCACACACUAGCAUGCAAGCCCAAGCUUUUCUUCAUUCAGGCCUGUCAGGGUAGUGAGGCCCAGCAAGGUGUGUGGAUGGCCGAUGGACAUGAGAGCACCACAGAAGAAGGAACAUUUGAGGAGGAUUCUCAUACUGCAGCAUUCCAGAGUAUCCCUAAAAGUGCUGAUUUCCUCAUUGGAAUAGCAUCAGUGGAGCACUGCAGAUCUUACCGCCAUGUAAAAAAUGGGUCUAUCUUUAUCCAGGAGCUCUGCAAGCAGCUGGAAGAUGGCUGUCCAAGGAACAAGGACAUAAACUCAAUUUUGACAAAGGUGAAUAGAGCAGUGAGCUCCCAAAUUUUUCAGCGUUUCAAGCAGAUGCCUGAGGUUCGCUACACUCUAACCAAAACACUCGUCCUUCCCAUGAAGCAAGUCUCCUGAUUGGCUGCAGCAUGACUUUCUGGCAUCUAUUAUAAAAGACAUGGUCAGACUCAGAGCACAAAGAUGAGCGGUUUGUUUCUUUGUUACUUCUGCAUUUAUGUCAACAUUUAUGUAGUGCUGUAGUGCAUGGCACUAACAACACCAAGGUCAUAGGUUUGAUUCUCAGGGGAAUUUAUGAAUUGAUAUCUAUCUAUCUAUCUAUCUUGUGGGAAAAAAGUGCCUUUUGUAAUACCAAUGUUUCAUCUGUUUUUCAUUUUUCAUAUAUAUUAUCUGAAUGUUGCCUUCGAGAAUCAGUUAUCAAAAAUCAAUUACUUUGAGGUGGACGAUGUGUUUUAAUUCUUAAGAAUUGUGUUUUUGCAUUGUUUUAUUUUUAGGGACAUAUUCAUGGCAAAUUUUUAUCAGCUAAAUUUUAUAGUGCUGUUUGAUCUGAUGGGUUAAAAAAAGCAGCACUCCAGGUCCUUAUUAUGUUGUGUCCCUGGUAGACAAGUCAUAAUGGUUUGAUGUUAUAACCAUUAGUUAAUGAUUGAUCUCAUUUACGAUAGCACUGCUUCAUUUACAUAACUAACUGACAAUCAUCAGAGGCAUAGGACAGCUCUGAGACGAGGUUAAAUUAAUUGGAGCGAUCAGAAAUGUGACUAAAUUAUUUUUGUAAAUAUAUUUUUGAUGAACAUUAAUUACUAAGUCAAAGGAAUGAGUGUGAAUUAGGAGCUUCAAUUAAAUGUAUUGUACUUUGAAACAAUUGACCCUUAGCCGGGAGUUUGAUUGACAAGCUAUCUAACCAAACAUAACGCUGAAUCAGCCAUUUUGUCCGACAAAGCAGUCAGGAGUUAGAAGAUUACCUCGGUGGACUUGAACUUGAAAAAUAGUGUGUACUGACAUCUUUCCGUGUUGUGGCGUGACAGCGCCAUGGCUUGUCGGACAAAGCAACAGUAACUUAGGGGGGCGGGUCUUUGCAAAGGGUCAGUUGCUUCAAGAAAGACCUGACAAAUGCUUUCUUUCCAAAAUAAUUUUUUGCUGACAUAUUUUAUCACUUAAUGUGAUUGAAUACUCUUUUAUAGCCAAUUAUUGGCACUGGACACAAACUGUAGUUUGUAGCAAUUACAGUGUAUUUAUAAUUACCAUGUCAGUUCUGGAAACAUUCUUUGUGAAGCCUACAUAUGACAAACUGUUUCUUUUGGUCCUAUCCCAUGGCAUGUUUAUGUGUUGAUGAUUGUUUAUUUUAAUUGGAUAAUGUCAAGUAUAUUUCAUUGUACAUGGAGUAAUGCACCAGGUUUUUGUAUUUAAACAAUUUUUAUGACUGUUACAUGCAAAAAAAAAAAAAAGUUAUCUUUGUUACAGUUUGUGUAAUAUGCACUCGUAUGCAAAAGUGCUGUACAAUAAACACAAGUUUGUCAUUAACACACA